UGAAAAGGCAGUUUUGAUUAUUUCUUCUUAUCACGUUUUAAUAUUUCUUCACAUGUUUAUUUAUCAUAGCACGGUAUGUAGAUAUAACUCGUUAACAACACCGCGCCUGUGGGAUUGUGUCAGUGUAUUGAUGUGCUCAUUACCGCAUACUGGAGUAAAGUAGAUUGCAUACUGAAUACAGUCACUGUGACCAAGAUGGACCAGGGUGAUAGUGAUCGCCUGAGGGCUCGGUUUUCAGACAACAAACAUGAAAUUUCUGAAACAAGAGAGACGUGUGCAUGCAUAUUGAGACGUCUACAGCUACUUCUGGAAAGACCACACAUAUGCUUAUGCACAGAUGAACUAUUACAGGCAAAAGAAGAUAUUGGUAGGCUUGAGAUUAAAAUCCAAUGCCUUGAAGACACACACACGGAGAAUGAACGGCGGUGUUCAGAACAGAAGACACAAGUAUCAGAGCUAAACAGUAGUUUGACAUUAUUACAAAACGAAUUAACAUGUUUAAACUGUGCUGAUGAUUCAGUUGCAAACGAUGAAAAUGUUCCUGUUUUGGAAGAUAAAAACAAUACUGCUGCUAAUACUGCUGCUGAUAUUGCAGCUCACACAGAAGACGACACUAAACUAUUCAAAGAAAAUGAACGUAAUACCACCCAAGGAAUCGAAUCUCAUCAAAGCAAGGUAUCUCUUGAUAUCAAAAAUAAAAUCGACACAGCACUUGGACAUGAAACGAAAACUGCUAACACCACGUCAAAAAUCAACGCGUUUGCAACAGCAGAAAAUAAAACUGAUCAGGCAUCAAGAAAUGAAAGGCCCAGUGAGGCUCCUGCUCGAAGUAAAGUGGAAGUUGUUCGUCAAAGAUACCAGGGCCGCAAAUUAGAUAUGAUGGAUUGGCAUUCCCUCAUGAGUCAAGAGAUGGAAGAAGGGGAGGCAUCUGGAAUUAAAGAUCUUGGAGGCGUUCAUAACGUUAUAUUGCUUGAUAUCUCUGAGAGUAUGGAGGGAGCAUGGCCGCAAGUGACAACUUUCUUCAACGAUUAUUUAUCCGGUUUAGAGGUUUUAUCAAGUCAAGGUCUAGAUGUAGAACACGUUGCUUUAGUUACGUUUGGACAUGAAACCAAAGUUCAACAAAGGUUAACGAACACAUACAGGAGUCUGAAAACGGCGUUCAGCCGACUAAAGGUAGGCGGACCAUCGCCACUCACGGCAGGGUUAAUGAUGACGUUUGCAGCGGCUGGAUCGUCUAAUUACCAAGCCUGUGUUAUACAUGGCAUGAUAGUGCCAACAAGGGUGAUUAUUAUCACGGAUGGUGAGCCUACUGAUACCUCUCUCUACAUGGGACCCGAUGAAGCUACUCCUUCAAAAUUAGAUGAGACCAGAAGUCAAGUGAUAAAAGAAAUGGAACAGGCAAGGAAGAUCUACUUAGAUGUUUUCUUUGUUCCAGUUGGUAAGGCUAACCAUGAGUUCAUCAACCUGAUGGCAGCAGUUGUAAAUGGAAAGGUGAUUUCACACCAGGAUGGCAAUCAGAUGUCAAAGAGAACGUUUCUGACGCUUCAGUGUGGUCCUCUUGGCGGUUUCAUGUCACCUUCACUCUCUUUGUCAGAAAGAGACAAGAGUGACAUAAAAGAAAUAAAAGAGAAAUCGAUAUCCGUAGAAAAUGUUAUGAAAAACCCAAGUGACAAUCGUGAUUCUUACAAGGAGAGGUCGGACUGUGAUUUACCCGUCCCGGGGUCAAGAGUAAGAAGAGGCCUAGAUUGGCCUUACAAGGGUGACCACAGCCAAGGGCUGGCCGGGACGAUCGUUGGACAUUGCGAUGAUGAACCACACGUGUUUGUGGACUGGGAUACACCGGGCUCCUACCUGUUCCACUAUCGCUACGGACAAGGUGGUUCUUAUGAGGUCAUCUUAGUGGACGAACAACGGCGUCUUGACGUCGGUGAAAUUAUGGCCGUAGGCUGCCAUGUCAAACCAGGCCCGGGAUGGAAGAGUUCAAACACAGUUAUUGGCCUGCAAUGUGUCGGUGUUGUGUUGCGUCUUCACAUGACUGGUGCGGUCCCAAAGGCACUGGUACGUUGGGAGAACGGUGCAAUGGGAGAAUACUCGUACAUGACAGGAAGCCUUUCGUUACCGGAAAUUCAACUUGUGAUCGAUGGCACACCAGCAAACAAACCACAGGAUUUAAAGCCUGUCAAUAAACAAGCUAGAAACAAAAACAAACAUUAGUAGCACCUGUGCGCAAAGAAGUUGUAGCCCUCCUGUGUCAAGACGGUCGUUAUACUCCUGUUUCAAAUAAUAUGUAGAUCUUCUGCGUCAAAGAACUAGUAAUACUGAGUAAAACAUAUGCGUUUUAAACUUGCUGUCUUGUUGUCUCUCUUAUG